AUGUGGAUUUCUUUUUUGUUGCUUUAUUUUUUGAAAUAUGCAAAGAUUGAAGAGGACAAAGAUCUUUCUGCAAUGACAAACAUCCUCGGAGUGACCGAGAUGAGCUUAUCUACCAAUCAAGAAAGGUCAGUGACAGUGAUGGAGAAAAAGAGAUUGGUGUGGAAAGUAGAAGGCUCUUCUGGAGAAUCCAAGGUGGUUAGGGGAGGAGCUGUUGAUCCUGUAGAGCUGCUAGUGGAACUUGCUCCCAUGGAGAUCCGCAUUUUUGUCGUUGACUUAUUGUCUCACCCAUGGUGUUUGAUGCCUGAAAGAUUGGGGCAUUCGGCAUUGGACGAGGAUCAUAGCAAAUUUUGA